AUGGCGACCGACCCCGCGCCGUCAUCAGCUCAUCGAUUGCCCACAGUAUCCGCCUCAGAUGCGCUCCAGAAACUGCACGGACGAGGUUCCCGAACCGUAUCCACCGGACUCACACAACUCGACAAGAUAUUGACUCCAUAUGCGCUCCCGGGCCGUGAUGUACACGGCGGGUUCGUCCGCGGCAAGGUCACAGAAAUCUACGGCCCGCCCGGAGUGGGAAAGACAACAUUUGGCAUCCAGGCUGCUGCGAGCGCUCUGAAGGAGGGACAAAGCGUUGUAUGGAUUGAAGCCGGUGCCCCGUUGGUGCCUCAGCGUCUCAGCAAUGUGCUCGCUGGGACCGACGCAACGUUGUCUCCCGCUACGCUGCAGGACCGUUUCUUUCGCAUGAAUGCGCCGACACUUGCACAUGUCCUAGCACUUAUCAUGCACCCACCGCGAGCGUUUCCGCCACCGAACACGAGCCUCAUCGUCAUCGACUCGUUAUCGACUCUCAUUGAGAAUGCGUAUCCUCGCAAUGCCGACCAUCGAUCCGCGAGAAAUAAGAAUGAACGUACCAAAUGGGCAGCAGGACGUAGAUUGGCCGUUAUUAAUGAACUGAUUGGGAUGCUCGCCAGGGUUGCCGCUAUGCACGACAUUGCGCUGCUCAUUACAUGUCAGACCAUCACUCGGAUUCGGGGCAGCUCAAGGGCUCUUCUGGUUCCGGCAAUAUCGACUGCAGAAUGGGAGAGCAGCAUAUCCACUCGUCUGGUUUUGUUUCGAGAUUGGAUUCCGAUGCAGGGGAAGUUGAUUGGCGUAGACGCUGAUAGAUUACGGAAAGCCCGGUUUGUAGGCGUCGUCAAGGUGAAUGGUGUGACUCUGGCGGACGAAGGGGGUGCGGGAAGCGUGGUUCCAUUUGUUAUCGACAGCGCUGGUGUUCGCGACAUCACCGUCUCUGCAGCCGAUAUUGCGGCGCCUGCAAUCCUCCCUUCGGAGUCCAGACCGCUCAAACGACGUUUUACAGAGAUUGAGGACAGUGACUCUGACGAGCUUUAUGGCUGGGUUGAUGACGAUGCAGUCGCCGCCGAAGGACUCUUGAUUGAUGAGCCAACAGCUCUGCACGAUCUGGACACAGCAGCUGCACAUGGAGUACCCGGGCAUCAACAGGACAGCAUGGCGCUUACACGAAGUGGGAGGACGUCACCAGAACGCAUCGACCCCAUCUAG